AUGCGGACGUCGCUCGCGCUCGAAGUCGCCCCAGCGCACGAGGGGGUCGUUUCGAUCGCCUAUGUGCAGAGCGAGUGCACGGCAGGUGCGCUCCGGGCACUUCCAGACUGGGUACGCACCCAGGCCUACCAGCUCCUCCUGGGCUACCUGCCGCUGGCCAAGGCGAGCUGGCUCGCGACGCUCCGCCGGCGCCGCAGCGAGUACUUUCGCUUCCUGUCGGACCUGGCUAUAGACAGAUUUGUGCCCGGGGAACGUGCGCCGGACAAGGUGCUCGACCAGGUGUACAAAGACCUCUUUCGGGCAUCGGAAGCCGACCCCGACUUUUACGACUGCCGCGCGCCGUGGCCCAAGGCAUCGGUGCGGCAUGAGCUGCUCGACCGGCUCGAGACGAUCAACCGCGACUUUGCCUACUCUGCGCAGCGCGAUCGGCCGCCACACGGCGAGCGGUUCGUCGAUCGACAGUGGCAUGCGAUGCUCCGCAUUCUCUACCUCUAUGCGAUGCUCAAUCCAUCGGUGGGGUACGUACAGGGGAUGCACGAGAUUUUGCAUGUCCUCCUGCGCGCAUUCUUUGCGACGCGCGAUACGCCCCUCAAGGAUGCGCCGGACGACUGGGCCGAAGUGCUCGCGAUCGGCAACACGGUCGAGGCGGAGGCCGAUGCGUUCUGGUGCUUCUCGCUGCUAAUCGGCGAGCUGCGCGAGGUGUACGACUUUGGUCACGGCGAUGCGACGACACUCGCGGCGAUGCGCGACCUCGCCGAGCCGCUCCGCGCCGGCGCACGUAUGCCGGACAAUGGCAUGGCGCACGCACUGCACCGCUUCUCGGCGCAGCUCGCCGCCCAAGAUCCUACGCUGGCCACGGCACUCCGCGACACGGGCCUCGACCCACGCCUGCCGUACUACUCGCUGCGCUACCUCGUGUGCCUCUACGCCGCCGAGUUUCCGUGGCCUGCCGUGCUCCAGAUUUGGGACGUGCUCCUGGCCCAAGGCUCGCUCGACGCCGCCCCCAGCCCGAUCGAGGGGCCGGCGCCGAACGAAAAGAUUGCCUUCUUGGUGGACGUCGGCUGUGCCAUGCUGAUGCAUGUGCGUGGGCGCCUCCUCGACCCGCCUGUCCAAGUCCCAUCGCCCCGCCGCUUUGCGCCGCGCAUCCCCGGGGGAUUCGACACGCCCCAGUCCGAGACGCCCCCGGACGCUUUCCAGCAGACACUCGGCGUGCUGCAGCAAUACCCCGAGCAGGACGUCGCGCCGAUCCUUGCCGCCGCCUUGACGUUGAAUGCACGCCGUAAGGCCGAACAGCCGCUGCCGCGCAAUGCCGACGCACGCCGCGCGCCGGUGGGCGAACCGCGGCGGCCGCAGCGCAACACGUCGCUGCAGGAGCGCCUCGCGGCGACGGUCCAGCGCUCGCUCAAUGCGCCGGUGCGCUCCGCGACGUGGGCCCCGGAAAGCGCGCCAAUGCGCCGUGGAUCGAGUGCAUCGGAGCGCGCGCGUCCGUCGCUGGACCGCGACGCGCCCCACACACCGACCAAGCGCUUGCCGCCCAUCGACACGGACGCUUCGCCUACGACACCCCUCUCGUCUGGUCGCGCGCUCUUCAAAAGGUACACCGAGGCGCUGCAGGACAGCAACACGGCCGCGUCCGUGUCCAAGGCGAGUACGAACCUCGCGGCCAAGGCACUGGCAUGGCGCGCGGCCCGCGACGAGCCUUCGUCGCCGACGCACGCCGCGCCGCGGUCCGCGCCGCCGACCGACGCGCCGCUUCUCCCGGUCCCGACCGUGGUCGAUUCGCCAAACGACCGCGACGCAUACCGCUCCAUCGCCCGCACCCGCGCGGGCCUCGCGUCGGUGCAUACACCGGAAAGUGCGCAUCGCCGGCGCUUCGAUCCUUUGGCGCCAUCGCCAGCAACGUCCGAAGACGACUCGUUCACCCAGUCCCUUUCAAGCCCUUCCCACCUCUCUUUGCCCAGCAUGCGCGCCGCUGCAAAGAUGGGCCUCUUGACGACACCCCCAACAAGCGACUCGUCGGUCGUCACGCCACUCGCUACAGGCGACACGCCGCCGGGCGCCUCGAACCUUUCGCGCCGCAUCCCGUCGGGCCAGCGCCGCAGCCCGCGCAUAGUCUCGGGCGAAUCGCGCAUGCGCAGGUCGCACAACGCGAGCCCACGGACCAGCGACCCGGUGCCGGCGGCGACGAUGCCUAUGCUCGGGCCGGUCGAGCCCACGCCAGAAGGGGGGCACACGGCCGAGCACCUCGACCAGCUCCUCGCAGAGCUCAAAACGAACGAAUGGGUGAAGGAUUAG